AUGAGAGCAUGGCUUGUACAACAGAGCCUACCCUUCCUCCUAUUGCCCCCGCUUGUGGCCGCUCACAUUAAAAGCUGUGUGGGAGCGUGUGAGCUCGCCCUCAGUCAUGUCGUCUUCCCAGAUGUCAACGCAAGCCUAGGAUAUUACCCGGCACAAUGCGGAAGCAAGCUACGCAUCACUUCCGUCUAUGUGUGUAUGAGAUCGUACUGCCGACCGGGCGAGAUCGCCGCCGGAUGGCCUGAGCUUAAUCAGGACUGCGAGCUGUAUGCCAACAUCACACUGCCACCAUUUUCGACCAUCGGCAAUGUCACAGAUGAGGACGUCGCCCACUUCCGCCAGCUUGGCGUCGAUGAAUUCGACGUUGGCCUCAAGCUUGAUGAACCCGCGCUCCCCACCAGCCCCCUUUUCCAUCUCGCAUACAGGACCAAGGAUGCCUGGAACAACUCUGUCACCACCAGACACGCCUACGGCAAUGCCAUGUUCUACUUCUGGGCAGUUGUCGUCGUUAUUGGACUUGCCAACCGGUGGCUGACUGCGAGCCAUCCGCGUUUUGCAAGCGAUGCUAUAGAAAACAGUCCCAAAUCCGCUACCUGGCUGGCGCUGAAGCGCCUUCUCCAGCGCUAUCUGACGAUUCCGGCAACCCUAUCGCACCACUGCGCAGAUCCCAUCGGCUGGUGCACCGUUCCUCCACGCAUGCAGUCGCUGGCCCUGCUCAUGUUCGCUGCCAUCAACCUCAUCCUCAGCUGCACCACCUACGAAGUCUUCACCGGCAAUUUAUACUGGACACCGAUUGUGCAAUGGACGCGCUACAUCGGCGACCGCACCGGAAUCCUCGCCACCGCCAAUCUCCCCAUAAUCUGGCUCUUCGCCACCCGCAACAACCUGGUCCUUCAGGUCACGGGCUGGAGUUUCGACACCGCCAUGCAAUUCCACCGCUGGGUCGCGCGUAUCUCCACGCUCGAAGCCGUGGUUCACAGCCUCGCUUACACCCUCUGCGUCAUCCUCGGCCAGUCCUGGCAGACCUACUGGCAGGAAUGGACGCUGCGGUACUGGAGCAUGGGCGCGCUCGCUACCCUCGUCAUGUGCCUCUUAUGCGCGCUGUCCCUCUACCCGAUGCGCACCCACCACUAUGAGCUCUUCCUCACUCUGCACAUCUCUCUCGGCAUCCUGACCCUGCUGGGCAUGUACUAUCACAUCGAAAUCUUCCACGGCGCCUACGACUGGUACCUAUAUCCCUGUCUAGCCGUCUGGCUGCUCGACCGCGCCGCCCGGAUCGCCCGUUUGGCUUACCUCAACUUCCCCAUCCGCCACUCAACCAUAUCCUGGAACCAAACCACCAACGUUGUGACGCUUGCUGUGCCCUGCGCCGUCAACCGUCAACCAAGACCUGGCGAGUACUACUUCCUCUACCUCCUGCACGACAAGAGCUUCUAUGAAAGCCACCCUUUCACCCUAAGCUCCUGGAACGUCGCAUCCCUCGGCGGUGCCAAACCAUCUCUCAACUUCCUGAUCCGCCCUUACGAUGGCUUCACGCAACGUCUGGCCGACAUGGCGCGAAUCAACAAGGCUGGUAGUGGGAAUAGCGGUGGUGGAUUCUGCAAAGCGCGCGUCCUGCUCGAAGGGCCGUACGGCCCCCGCCACGACCUACGGAGCCACGAUUCCCUAACGUUCGUGGUUGGCGGAACGGGCAUCGCGGUCGCACUGGCGUACCUGACAGAUCUGUGCGCGACUAUCGCGGACAAGGGACGAUUAUACAGAGCCAGCCACUUUCGCAUCGUUUGGGCGGUGCGGCAUCGAGCUUUGUUCGAGCACGUCUACGAGCACGAAAUCAAGCCCCGGCUGGAAGAAGUCAUGGUCGACAUGGCAGCUAGUGCGCCGUUUCACCUGGAGCUGGACGUCUACGUCACACGAGCGGACGGCGCCGUGAGUCCGGAUAGCUUCGGUGCAGCAUAUUCCCGGACUAUUGCGGGACCGACGCAUGAAGACACCUCGGAGCACUCACCACUACUUUCGCCGGCAUCGAGCCCGCCGCCCACUCGCGAGACGUCCCCGCCCCUACCCAACCUGCCCUCCCCACCGAAGUCGACUUCUAUCCUGCACAACAACGCGCAUGUCACCAUUCACUCCAUAGGCCACCCCCCGAUCCCGAGCAUCAUCCUCUCGGCCUGCCGCUGGACCUUCUCCACCAACGCCUCCCUCUCCGACACCGCCUCAGAGGAUGAAGACAAGUCGCGCCACCCGUCGCGUCGCCGCCGCGAGCCCCGCAUCGCCAUCGUGAGCUGCGGGCCGCCGAGCCUGGCAGACGCGGUACGGACGGCGGUCGUUGAAGCACUAGGCGAGCACGUCGGCGGCGUCGGAGAUGUCGACUUCUACAAUGAGAGCUAUAGCUGGUGA